AUGGGCUCGCACAUCCUGUCAUUCAUAGACAAAUCCAUGAUCAACGACCACUACAAUUGCAAAGAAAAAUGCUCGGAAUGUAUUUGUCCCAGCGGCUAUGGCGGUGCUUUCUGCAAUGAACGACCUUCUGGAUGUGGUAGAACGUUAGUGGCGAAACAGAGCAAGCAGUUCCUCAUUGACAAACUCGGCUACGGUGGUCCUGCCAGGGAUGAGUUCACUUUCUGCAAUUACUGGAUUGAAGCUCCUGAAGGGAAAACAGUAGAAGUUAAAAUCAACUCAAUCUCCCAUGGCUACGCUUAUGACGGUUGCAUACUAGGAGGAAUCGAGAUCAAAUCCAGUCAAGAUCAAACCCGAACCGGAUACCGAUUCUGCUCAUCGAAUGAUCGCAAUGUGAAGCUUGUUUCGACCUCAAGCCGACUGCCUGUAAUCACCUUCAACAGAUUGGGUCAACAACAAAUCAUCUUCAAGUACAAAAUUGCCGAAUAA